AUGCCUCCCAAAAAAGCUUCUGGUGCUGCGCAAGCUGCGAAAGCAGUAAACAAAAAGAAACAAGCUGAAGACAAGCAAGUUCCAAGUCGCGCCAAGCAGGAGCAGAAAGACGAUGUCGUGAUGGAGGAUGAGACAACUAAUCCUAAAGACGAGGCAGUCAAAGAAGAUCAGAAAGAGGAGGCACCUGCAAAAGAAAAGGCAGAAACAGGUCAAAAGCGCAAAACACCACCAACGUCAGGAGGUUCAAAACCACCAAAGAAAGAGCAACGUCAAGGCAGUCGCGUCUCAUCUCGUACCGCUGGCGCCGGCGCUGAUGAGCUGGAGGCUGCCAACUCUGGCAAAUUCAAGAAAUGCUACUCUCUUACUCCACCGAGUCUAUUCACACCUUUCGAACAUCUCGUUACAGCGCAUUUGAUCUCGAAACCAUUGAGCCACACACUCGGUAUGCGCAGCGCUCGGACAUUACUGAAUGAUCCAUACAGUUUCAGCACACCUGGCAAAAUGCGCGCUGCUGGCGAGAAAAAGAUUUGGGAUGCGCUCGAGGAGGCCAGAACUCAACACAGACAAAAGACCGCAUCUUACCUCUAUGACAUGGCAGUACAAUAUGCCGACCCCAACAACAAAGACGAUACCAACAACAUGGGCGACUCGGACGAAAUGCUCGAGCUCGCAACCCGCGCCAACGACGGCGGUUCGCGCGCCACAAUAGAAUACAUCAAGAGCACUGUCAAAGGCAUGGGCGAUACAGGCGCUCAAAUCUUCUGUCGGCGCGUUCAAGCCUGCGAGGGUUGGGGUGAAGCUAUCUGGCCAUAUGCUGACCCGAGAUCUAUCGAUGCGCUGCGAGAGUUGGGCGUGAAAGUCGCGGAUGCAGAGAACCUUCAGGAGAUGAUUGAGAGUGAUGUUGACUGGGACAAUGUUGGGGAUAUGGGGCUUUUGGAGGAGAAGAAGGGCGUGGAUGAUAAGGAUUAUGAGGUGCAGGUUGCGGUUGAGCUCGUUACGGUGCUUGAACGGGCUAUUGGUUGUGUGCUUGAGGGCAAGGUUGAUCAGUUGAGGAGUGCUGCUGCUGGGUUUGGAAAGUAA